AUUGUACACGGCACAAAUAUGACUUUUAAAUAUUCUAUUGUGUUAAACAUUAUUGAAAUAGAUGGAAUGCGUAUGAUAUAAAUAAGCAAUGGAUGGUGACGACGCCAUUGCAAUUGUUGGCAUCGGUUGCAAAUUUCCCGGUGCCGAAAACCUGGAUGAAUUUUGGCGUGUUCUUGCAAACGGCGAAGAUCAUGUCAAAGAUAUUCCAAAAGAUAGGUACGAUGUUGAAGCGUAUUACGACAGUGAUCCAGAUGCCCCCGGGAAAUCGUAUAUCAGAAAAGCCGGUCUGGUCUCAGGAAUCAACGAAUGGGACAAGAUGUUUUUCGGAAAAGGAGAUAACGAAGCCAAGAGGAUGGACCCCCAGCAGCGAUUAGUGUUAGAGUGUGUAUACAAGGCCAUGGAAGAUGGUGGGAUCACUAAAGCCAAUUUGGAUCGGUCAGAAACAGGCGUCUAUAUAGGUGAGUUUCUUAAUUCGUUUGGUAGAGCAAUGCUGUCUGCAAAAAAUGCCAACAAAGAUUAUAUGUCAGUGCCACAAUGGUGUUUUAACAUGUUUGAUUUUACAAUUAUAUAUUUUUUUUAAAAAUUGAAUCUGUCCUUUUUGUGUUAACUAUAUCAUUUUAAUUUUUUGGUAUGUGUUUAAAAUUUUUGUUCUCUAGUCUUGUUUUAGCAAUUCUAUUUGUUGUUAUUGUUUGUUGUUUU